GGCAGAGUGACGUCAUCAUAAAAGAGGACGUCACUCUUCUCUGAAUUACAUGGUGGCCGGUAUUUGUCUCCGUUAUUAUUUGCCGUGAUAAACUGUCGUAUGUUAGCACAAAGACACACAUAUUUCUUCAAUUUUGCUGCGUUUUGGUGCACAGGAAUCUGAUAACUCAAGGAAUCCACAGGUUUCUUAGUGGUAAUGUAUACAUUGGAGUAGUCUAAGAAUCGGAUAUUUUCGUAAACAUUGUGAAAACCCGCUUCCAUCAUGAACGGGCUUUCGUUCAGUGAGUUGUGCUGCUUAUUUUGCUGUCCCCCAUGCCCAUCUCGCAUAGCCGCUAAGCUGGCGUUUCUGCCACCAGAACCAACCUACUCUAUUGUAACAGAUGAUACCGGUACUCGUGGGACAUUACAUUUAACGGAUAGAGCAGAAUGGCAAUUUUCAGAUCGAGAACUAGAAUCAAUUGAGGUGUUCUACACCCGAAACAAGCGAGGAAACAGGAUAGCGUGCAUGUUUGUUCGAUGUGCACCAAAUCCAAAAUACACCAUCCUAUUUAGUCAUGGCAAUGCUGUUGAUAUUGGACAGAUGAGCAGCUUUUACAUCGGCCUUGGCUCAAGAUUAAACUGUAACAUCUUCAGCUAUGACUAUUCAGGUUAUGGUAGUAGUAGUGGAAAGCCUUUGGAACGUAACUUGUAUGCAGAUAUCGAAGCAGCAUGGCAGGCAUUACGAUCGCGAUACGGGAUAAGUCCAGAGAACAUCAUUCUGUAUGGACAAAGUAUUGGAACCGUUCCCACAGUGGAUUUAGCUUCACGCUAUGAAAGUGCUGCAGUGAUUCUACAUUCCCCACUCAUGUCAGGGAUGCGUGUAGCAUUCCCCGAUACGAGGAGAACAUGGUGGUUCGAUCCAUUCCCAAGCAUUGAUAAAGUUUCCAAGGUGGCAUCACCCGUCUUGGUCAUUCACGGGACCGAGGAUGAAGUGAUCGACUUCUCCCAUGGACUGGCGAUCUACGAGCGCUGCCAACACACCGUUGAACCACUAUGGGUGGAAGGAGCUGGUCAUAAUGAUGUGGAGCUCUUUGGUCAGUAUCUGGAGCGCCUCAGGAAUUUCAUCACUCAGGAGCUACCAAGCCUUAAUACAGCAUCAUGAUCAUCAUCACAGACUUAGGCAGGCAAGCAGGUAGUUGGGAGCCACUACGCUUUGUGUGUGUACUCCUCAUCCGACUCUUUGUAAGAUCUGUAAAUAAACGGGAUUUUUCCUUGUUCGUACGAUAUCUUCGUGGGCUGCCCAUAUUAGGCCCGUUCACACAAACAUGAAUAUUAAUCUUUGGCACAAAGUUUUUUCCGACACAAAUUUUCAUGAGUUACACUUUGGCUGAUAUUUGCCAUUCAUGUUGAUAAAAUUCUUCUUUGUGUGAACUGGCCUUUAUGCAUACAUAUGUAUAUCUAAAAGUUGUGUAGCAUUGAUUUUAUACAUUACUAGGCAGUAUUGCUUUAUUUCUUUUUAUAUCCACCCCAGGGUACUUCCCUCAGUGUAGGAGAGUCUUAACUGGAACUCUUGCAUAUUUAUCUGUAAAUUUUGCUUCUUAUUUGCAUCAAUAUUUAAAUACUGAACGAUAUGACACAUACAGGUACGAUAUUAGUAAUCCGGUUGAAAGGAUGUAUGAAGCCUUGAAGGAGGAAUAACACAACGUUUAUUAAUUAUCUCAAUUGAAAUAUUUAUAAAAUGUAAUAUUUUAUUUCAUUAUUAUUUAUGGCACUCACUGAUACACAUUUUAGAAAUGAGGACCAAAUUUGAACAUACCGGUAAUACUGCCAUAUAACUUUUCAUCAUAUAUACGAAAUACACAAUAAAUAUUCAAUAUGAUUCGUUGAGUAUUUUAAAAAGGGCGGAUAGAGAACCUUUCUUCGAUAAAGACUUUCUUUCAGAAGUUAGAGAUAAAAACCUUACAGGGUGAAUUCAAUUGAUGCAACCAUUAGCUGUGGAGAAGUAAUCAAAUACAUACAUGUACUACAGUACAAGUAUCAGUUUAAAGCAUACUUUAAAAAAAAUGUUGUUUUGACAGCCUUACCCUACCCUUGCUUUUCAUAGCAACAAAUGAUGGAUCCAAAGUAAUUAAAAUUAGUUUAACUGAAUACUGUAGUGUCAAGGGAAUAUCAAAGGAAUAAUAAUAAUUUGCGGACCAGGGGUAAAGCUUUUCAAUUUAUAACAGUAUUAGCCAAUUUGAUAUUCUCUAAUUUUCAGAGAAUCUGAAUAACUAUAAAACAAUACUGUCUCAGUAUACAUGUAGGUUGUGGUAGUUUUUGAUAAUUAAAUUAAACUUCUUGUAUACUACAUGUACAUGUAGUAUGCUAAUUGGUAUAAGAAUGCUUUCAAUGCCUUCCCAAGAGAGAAGUGUGUGUAUGCGCUCAACUUUAAUAUUCUAAAUUACACUUUUGUCUUUUAUAAAUUUCUUGAUUGUCUUUUGGAAAUGGUCACAAUUUUCUUUGAUUUUUGUGUUUGUACAUGAAUGUAAGUUUAUUUUUUAUGUUGGGAUUGCAUCUACAAACUCAGAGUCCUAUCCUACAUGUAGAUUUGAACCUUUACUACAUGUACUAUCUUUGGGCUGGUUUCAUGAAACUUUGAAACAAGUGAUGACGAUGCUUUUAAUCAAUCACUACCAUUGUUCCACAGUCAAUCAAAUGCAAGGUUUUUGCACGUACAGUGGGUGUAUCUGGGUACAAAACUACAUGUACAAUCACUUAAAGUUGUAAUCAGUGGUACUACAUGUACAUGUAUGUUUCCUGCAACAAGGUUGAGAAAGAUCAUCCAGGAUAGCAUUUGAUACAGCUUAUCAGACAGAAACAGUCUGGCUAGACUUUUAUAAUCAGGUGAUUCUGAGUGGUAGUAGAAAAGGAUAUGUACAUGCAACAGUACAGUACACUAAAUUGGCAAAUUUUGCAAUUUUGUGUUUGGAACACUUGAUACACUGUAGGAACUGGUAAUUUUGAAUUUCAGUGUGAACUGUGAAAAAAUACAUCAAGAGAAUCCAGGAAUAAAAUGAAAAUGGACAAUUAAUGCUCCAUUGGGCCUUUUUCUAAACUUUACAAGACUUUAAUUUGAGAAUGAUCGAUAAGAAGGAAAUUAGAAUUUUUGAUUCUUGAGAUCUUUUAUUCAAGGAUUUGACCAAGUAGCUUCUACUGUUGGCCACAGCAGUAAAUUGACAAUAAGCGGAAGAUUGCAUUUUGCAAGCUAGAACAAUUUUAGAAUACAGCUUUUUAGGAUUGUGGCAAUGUCAGUGACAUCUCUCCAAAAUGCAGGAUCUUAAAGGGGAAGUUCUUCACCCUCAUGUCAGAUUGGAUGAUAUUUGAUAAGUGCAAGAAAAGUAUUUAUGAAUGUUGAUGAAAUUUAGAAGAAAAAAAAAGAUCAUGGAUUUUUUACAGAUUUGAAUUUGUGAUGUCACAAGUCCUAUAUAUGCCACGUGAUAUAAAUUCCACAAAAUGCUUAUUUCACUGAAAAUAUCAAAAUGAUUGCAAUUGUGCAUGCACAAGCUUUUGAGUAAAAAAUUUGUCAACAUGACCCACUUAGAAAAAUAGGAUUUAUGGAAUUCAUACUACUAGUAUAACAAGUACAUGUACAUGUACAUGCUCUGUUUCAGGCAACUGCUGGACAUGUACAUGCACUUAUGCACAUUAUGAUAUCACAAAAUAAUAAUUUUCAAAAAAUCCUUUAAAAUUAAAUUACUAUGAUUCUUGGAAAGCAUUCCAUCAAACUUUUGUUAAUAGUGUGCCAUGAUUGAAUUGUACAUGUACAAACAAAAGGAACAGUUAUCAGGCAAGGCAGAAACACUAUACAAUGUACAUGUAUUAUAUCAGUAUCACAACUGCAGCCGUGUAGAAAAAAUGCAAGAGAUGGAGAUUCUGCCCGGCAGUUGCACUUGCUAAUACGCCUAAUGAAUAGAAAAUUGGUGCCCCUAAUGUGUAGAGAGCCCAGUCACUUUCGUUGUCGUCUGAAAUGAAGCAACUAUAAUUUACACCCACAUAAAGCUGGAUUGCACCGAGAGGUUCUGCCUCCCCCCCCCCCACCCCCUCUCCCUGCCCAAUUAGGAAAUACCAGUACUGUAUGUAGCCAGAAAUGCUUGACAUUUAUAACUUGCAUUGUUGGCCUGUAUGGCGAGUGCAUUGUUGAACUUGAUGGUACUUAGUUUAUAGCAACGGAAAGCUGUCUAUUGAAGGUCAAUCAUGGGCAUUGUGGUUCAAGGUAAAAAAACUACUUCCCUCUCUUUCUCUCUCCCUCUCUCACCUUGCCUCAUACUUUUUUGAGCACUUCCACUUCAGGGCCGUCUGCACCAUCCCGAGUUUUCAAAUUAGCGCGCUAUUUCUGAUCCGGCAAAUUAUCCCGAUCUGAACAAUCUCGAGAUUAUUUGCAAUGGAGACGCAAUUAUCGCGCUAGUUCGUAGGAUUAAUCUAGAGAUUGCAACUCCAAGUCAACUUGGGAUUAUUUGCAAAAUAGCGCGCUAUUUUACGAAUUAUCGCGCUAAUUCGUAGGUGCAGAUGCACUCGGGAUUAUUUACUCACGGCGUCAGACCAUAAUGCAUCGAUGCCUCGCUCGAGCAGGAAUCGCUCUUCUUGCGAUGGUGGAGACGGGGUUUCUUGAAUCUCGAGAUUAAUCGCGAAGAGGGCCGAUCGGGCUAAAAUCUCGAGAUUGAGCAAACUCGGGAUGGUGCAGCACCGCCUUUCAUGUUCAAUUAAUCCAUCCUUGUAGCCUACAUGUACAAGUAGAUGGGCCUGCAGCUGUCUGUUUUGCACGAGUAUACCAGAUGUGGAUAACAAUUGAAAUUUUACAAUACAGUGUUAAAUAAAAUAGAACCUGAAACAAUGACACUAAAGCACAAGGGUAGUACAUGUAAUUAUGGCAAAUGUAAAUGAAGAUAGAUCUCUAGUCUUCAUGUAGGUUCUAUCUACCAUAUAGGCCCUAUACAUGUAGGGGAAGGCGGGGUAAGUUGUGACACUUUUUGCAUUUU